AUGAUAAUUUCCUCACCAGAAACUGUCAAGCCAACUGCUUUCUCAGUGUAUUCAGCUGAAUGGCGUAAACAGCACGAUGAGUCCAUUGAGGGUCUCACCUUCCUUGAAAUUGCAAGAAAAAUUGCCGCUGAUUGGUCAAUGCUUCUUCCAUCUGAGAAAGCAAUAUAUUGGGAGAAAGCAGGAGUAACAAAGGUUAUUUCCCAUAGUUCGAAAAAGAAAAAGGCACUUGCAUCGUCUGAAUUUAAUUUGAAUUUCCAUAAUUACCUGAAGAAGACAGCCGUUAUCGCAAAUUCCGAAUAUUUUGCUUUAGAUCAAUCAAUAAUCAAUAAUUCUAAUCAGGAACCAAAGAGAAAAUAUCAGAAGAAAGAAUCAAAUAAAAGCUUCGAAGGAAGAACUCACAAACGAAAAUAUCGCAGGCACCAUAGAGAUGACUAUGAUUAG